AAAAACGCCAUUCCGCGCGCGAACGUUUUUGAACUGCACGCGCACAUGCGAAACGAUAAAAAAAAUAUAUCGAAUUUUAUUACGGAAUUAAAUUAAUAAAUGACCUCUGUAGAGUGUUUUAAUAAUGAUCUGAUAAUAUUUGGUGCUUAAAUCUAUAAAUAUUGUGAAGUGUUGUGAAUCAGAAUUUAAAUCAUUGUUGUCGGCGGUUAUUUUACAUAAACAAUGGCCACCAAGUCUUACAGCAAACACAAGGAGUAUAAAGAAUACUCCUCCACCAGAGGCACCGUCCCCUACACCGACGAACAAUUCGAUAUGCUGAAAUCCGAACUAAUUCCUAAGGGUAGCAAGUUGGACUCUCUGGGAAGGAAUGCAGUGGGCACGAGGGAGUAUCACUACGAGUACAAGGAGGAGAAGCUUCCAUCUGGGAAGUAUGACAGGAAGGACCUGCACAGCGUGGAGGAAUAUACGAUUCCCCCAAAGACUGCGCCAAAGUCGGAGACCAGCAGCUACUACUACGAGCGUGAGGAGAGAGAACUUCCCUCCAUCACUACCGGUACCAGGACGUACAACUACGAGACUACUGGCUCGUCACCAGGAUACACGAAAGUGAAGAGCUCCAAAGUGACUAAAGACCUGACGCAGAACGUGGAGGAGCUGGACAGUCUGCUGGACGACCUGCAGAAGGACCAAGAGAGGCAGCUGUACAAGAGUGGCUACGCGUCGGACACUGCUGAGAGCACAUCAUUCGAUUAUAGGAAAGGCACCCCAGCCAAGGCCCCAUCGAGUGGUUACUCCACCCUCCAGCGCGAGGCUCGUUCGGAGUCCUCGUGGGGCUCCGCCCCUGUCCGCGCUGAAGUUAGACAGGAGGUGUACCGCGAGGAGAAACACGAAUCCCGAGUGGUACCGUCCCAGGUGUCUCCGGCUGUACCUCAGGUGGUGCCACCAGCGGUGUGCUCCCACUGUCACCACCCACCGUCCACCGGCACUCUAUCUCGUAGUGGCACCCCCAUGAACAAGGUCACCACCACUGUGAAGACCUACACGUACGAGGUGCCGGCGGAUCAGGACCCCACCACCGUCCCCAUACCCACCGAGUGCACGGAGCACCACCACCUCGAUUCCACGGUGACGUCCACCACCAGCGCCCCGGUGAAGCUGCUAUCUCCCCCCGGCUGCCAAUUCUGCUCCCACUGCAACACUCGCCGGGAGUACCGCGUGCAGACCGACGAGCACUCCAGUGAGCGAGCGGUGUACCCCCAGCCGAGCCAGCCGACCAAUAUAACGCUUGAACCACAAAAUGGACACGGCCCUUAUGGUCCAUCAUACAAGUACAGCGAGACGUCUUACUCCUCCUCCAACACGACCCAACGUUUCCCCCGCUCCACGUCCCCGUCUCCCGGCCGCUCCCCCCACCCGCCGCCGUCGCACCUAGCCCCCUCCCCCUCCCCUUUCCCCCGGCCUCACACUCCCUCCCAGCAGCAGCAGCAGACACCCAAGAGAUUGGACGACCUGUUGGCUGAGUUCCCGGAGACGAGAUUCCCCACACAGCCAGACGGGGUGGUCCGACGUAAGGUGGAGGUGACUCAUGAGAGCUCCAGCAGUAACCAGGCCAAGGACAAGGACACCCUCAAACACACCCCUCCCGUAGCGACCUCCAAGAACGUGCAGGGACCUGCUGUGUACUACCCCCCCGGACACACGCCCUUCGCCAAGAAAGACAACCCCGUGGGAGGAUACCAGUCUAGUGCUAUGAUGCAAGGCGGCGGCGCGUACGCCUCGGGGCGCGGCAUGUACGAGUACGAGGCAGGGUCGCGCAGCAAAGAAAAGCACACGGAGAAGAAGACGGCCGUCCCCAUCUGCCUGCCGCUCUGCUGCGCCAUGCCCUGCGUCAUCAUGUGAACAGACGAGACGCCGACCGCGCGGAUACAUGACGCAUAGUUAUUAUUUAACAUUUUUUUUUUUAUAAUAAAACAGUUCAACGUAAAAUAUUCUUAAUUUCUUUCAUAUCAUGUAACAUUCAACGAACUUAAUUAUGUUGCAAAUGCAUUUCUAAUUUAAUUUUUUCUUUUUACUGGCAAUAUUUUUAAUACUGACUUCGUCAAAUGGCAACACUAAUUCCAUAGCCGAUAGUUUUAAUGUCAACGUCAAAGUGAAGUAAGGUUAUGAAUUAAGUCUAAAAUGUCUUGUAACAAGCACUGUACGGUAUAUAUUUGUAAUUAAUGUUUUGUGUACAUUUACUAUAUGCUAUUAAAAUAUACAUACAAAAAAAAAUUUAAUGUGUAGUAUAAAUUCUUCGACGGAAUAAAAAUCUUGAUUGUGUUUCUAUUAUUUGGUAUAACACUGUGUAUAAAACGUAUAAGUGUCGCUCACUAACAGCUGUUGUGCCAUUCGUGAAUGAUAAACGUCCCGCGUCGUGUGGAGACUGGACUGUAUAAAUGCAAUAUUUUUUUAUUAUUAAUAAAAUUUUAAUUACUA